AGGCAAUCGAUAGCCACGAACCCGUCUCUUUAAUUUUUGUUUUGAUUGGAUUGGAUUUUGGCAGGGAUUAGCAUGGAUGAUCCGCUCAAGCCGAAGCCAGUGCCGCUGGCCGCCGAGACGGUGCUAUGGUUCGAGUUCCUGCUCGAUCCGCACAAGAUCACGCAGCACCUGCAGCGCCCGCAUCCCGAGCCCAGCGCCAUGGAGCUGAUCAUGCAGUUCAUCAGCAUGACGCCGGACACGGCGAUGGCAUCGGUGGUGACGCCCGGCAGCGAUUUGCAGGUGCCUCCCGGUGCGGGGCCCAUACCCGGAGGAGCACCCACCACGCCCACUGCCACCGGCGGCGUGGGCAUGCCCCACAGUCCACAGAGGCCAGCAAGCCAGGAGAAUGGUGGUGGUGGCAGUGGUGGUCUGCAGCUGACCAGGAAGCAGCUGGCCCUCAAGAUCCUGGAGCUCAAGGUGGCCACCUGGCUGAAGUGGGACCUGGAUGCGCUGGAGAAGAACCUGCCUGUGAUUAUGCAGCUGGCCCUGCUGCGCGAUCUGUGCACCAUAAGCUACGGCUGCGCCUUGAGUAUUCCCCUGCCCAGUGAUUUUGACUUGAAGAUUUCCACCGCUGGCAACGAAAAAGCGGCAAGAUUUGCCCUCACCAUAUACCACCGCCUGUUGCUGCGUCUGCAACUGAUCAAGGAACAGGCACUGAAAACGCCACGUCCUCCAAAUACCAUGUAUCAGACUGUGGACCAACUGCAGCAGUUCCUGGACUCACCCACCCAGCCAUCCAUCGAGUACUUGCAGCAGCUCUGCUCGUCGGCCAAACCCUUCUACGUGUUCCACUACGACAGCUUUGUGACGCUGCAGUGCGAUGAUCUGGGCACGGGCCAGAACUACGACCUGAUGCAUUUGAUAACGCCCCAGGAGCUGAGGGCCCAGCUUCAUUACGAGCUGGCCCAAUAUUACCUGUACACCAAGCAGUAUGUUUUGGCCCGGGAAGCGGCCGCCGCCUGCAGCAGCAAUCUGCAGGCCAUUCCGCCGCAGACGACGCUCUAUUUCUGUCACAUACGAGCGGCGGAGCUGGAGGGCUUGCUGCAGGCCUGUGGAAUCAGCGCCCAGGAGCAAUCGCUUCUGGAGAAGUUUCAGCAAUCUCUGCUCAACAGCUACACAGACAUUGUGCCCAUCCUGCGGUUGGACAAUAGAGCACGGGAAAUCCCUCUGGUAAGCCGAAGACAACUGGAGCUGGACAUCGAGGGCUCCCUGUCCACGGGAUUGCUCAAGGAAACCGUGCAGUUGCAGCUGCAGGUGGCCGCCCUGAAUGUGGUGCGCAACAUCUUCGAGUGGGGCAGCAUAUUCGGCAGUGUGGAGUACUUCGAGAAGUACAGGGAACUGGACUGCCUGCCGCCGCUGGUCGAAGCUCUGCAAGAGGUACUGCCCCACUGCAGUCCCAAAGAGCAGCCGGCGCUGAAGCACUUCCUCAUCGACUGCCUGCUGCAUCAGGGUGGCGGGCAGUCGCGACCAUUGCUGCAGACGGUGCGCGGCAUUGGCCUCUUCUCGGCCGAUGAACUCCAGGAUCUCGACGAGCAAAUGCUGCAGGCGGCGCCGCCAGUGCCCACCAACUCGCUGGCCUCGCUCUCCGACUGGAUGUGCCACUCCAAAAUGAACCGUGUGGAUGUGGGUGCCUUGGAGCGACAACUGAUUAGCUGCACCAAUGCCAACACAGUGCGGAUUCUGCUGGUAAAGCUGUGUGGCACUGCGCCCGGCAAACCCCUGUGGGCCAUAAAUCCCAGCUGGGAUGUGCCGCAGCCCCUGAAAACUCUGAUUAUGGCCAUGCCCGUGAGCUUCCUGCAGGACUUUAGCUAUGUGCUGCUAGGCAAGGCGCGAGAAUUGGCCACCAGGGGCAACUACAUAGACGCCGUUUCCAUGCUGAGUGUGCUGAAGUCGGAAACGCAGCGCCAGGAGAUGGCGGCCAAUGUGCAGUUGAUGUGCAAGCUGCUCACCUGGGAAAUCCUGCACAUCCAGAUAACUCAAUGCCUGGAGGAGUGGCACCAGAAGCCGCUGGAUCUGCAGGCCCUGGGAGGAAGAUGCAAACAGUGUUUGGGAGCACUGCAGGCGGGUGAUUCGAUGGUCCCACGGCCGGACAUCCUGGAGAGCUGCGCCAUCAUGCUGCUCAACCUCACGGAAUUCCCACCGCUCCUCUACCUGGACAAGCGGGCUGGUCCUCUGGAACUGCCCCUCGCCUUUGCCGCCACGUUCAUCGAGAUGGAGAAGAUGAAGGGCCCCAAGAAGGUGUGUCGCGAUGCCUGGGAGCUGAUGCUGAGCAUGUUCCUCAACGUCCCGAAGCGGGGCUCCGCGGGAGUGGGCGGGAUCAGCUCGCUGCAGGCCUUUCUGCAGCGCAUACGCCACCAAAGCGUCUUCGGACUGGCCAUCUCCAUGAUUGGCAAGAUCCACAAUAUCCUCAAGGACGAUCCCAAUCAUGAUUUAAGCUGCGAGUACAUGCAGCUGUGGCCCACCAGCAUUAACAACCCCAUUAGCUACAGUUUGAGAAGCGUGUGCGAGAUCCUGCAAUGGCUUAUAUCCGAGGCCUUGUCCUACUAUCCGCAGACCAUUUCCUGGCUAAAGAUGAAGGGAGAUCUGGACCUGGCCAUCGGCAACAACGAGUCCGCCAUGCGCUGCUAUGUAAAUGCAUUGGUCACUGGCACGGACUACUGCACCAUGCCGCUGCAGCGGAAUGUGGCCGAUGACUAUGUCAUCCGCAAAAUGAUUCGGUGUGCCGCCAAUCUGGGAUGCCACAUGCAGGCCACCGUGCUGUGCCAGUUUCUCGAGGAGAUCGACUACGGCAUUGUGUUCAAAAAUCUCAGCGAGAAGUCAUCGAACUUCACGGACGCCAUGGAUGCGUAUUACAGUUGUAUUUGGGACACCACAUUGCUGGAGUUCAUUGUUAAUCUGCAUGCGAAACGAGGCGAACAUAGUCGGAAACUUGAAGCGAUCUCUAUGAUGGGCACUUUGGAACUGAAUGCGAAUAACAACGAGGAGAUCAAACGAGAGUGCGCCAUGGUGCGAAAAUCACGAUUCUUACGCGCCCUCGCCAAGCAGUAUUUGCUGUAGUCGCAGCAGCCCCACCCACAAUCCAACCUCAAAUUCGAAAUCCAAUAUCGAUAAUCCAUAAACCAUAAUCAAUAUUCAAUAAUCCAACUUCCCAACCACAAGCAGACCAACUAGAAUUAAGCUCAAAGAUGUAGUUUUUAUUGUAUGCAUAGGCUUUAAAUACGUUUAAGUUAAAA